AUGGUCAACAUCGACUAUCGUCUGACGCCAGGGCGCACUUGGCUCACCCAGCUGGAGGAUGGGCUGAAGGCUUACAAAUGGGUAAAUGGCAGCAAGACGGAGGUACCGAUCAUUAACAAGAAAUCGAUGGAGAUGUUCAACAAGUACGCCGGCGUGGACCCCAAACACAGCGAUGUGUUAACCGCGCUGUCCACAGACAACGGCAAUAAUUUCUCUCCCGUCUACUUCGCCAGCUGUGAAACAGAUCCACUGAGAGACGACUCGUACGUGAUGGGGGCAGCAUUGCAGAAAGCGGACGUUCCAACCAAGCACGAUCACUACGAGGGUCUACUACAUUAUGUCUGGAUUUUCCCGUAA